CCGUGCUGCUCUGACAGAUAUGUAAACAAACAAUCAUAACCUGCAAAUGUGUCACUCGGUUCCACAGCCCGUCGAACCGGUGUUGUAUAAUAUCCACCUAGGACACAUUCAAAACAAUGGCUCUCCGAUUGUGUUUUCGCUCUAAACUACUGUUCCGAAACUAUUUCAUCCGCUAUCCGACUGGUCAGGUGCGCUAUGUGUCCGUUAACAGCACAGGAACCGGUUCGAAAGAGAUUCGGCGCCAGUUUAUAGACUACUUCACCGUCAAACACAACCAUCAGCUGAUACGAUCGAGCUCUUUGAUACCCUUCAACGAUAGUACGAUUGCAUUUGUGAACGCCGGCAUGAAUCAGUUUAAAAAUGUCUUCCUAGGAACCGCUGAUCGGCCCUGCCAACGGGCGGUCAAUUCGCAGAAAUGUGUGCGAGUGGGUGGCAAACAUAACGAUCUGUCCGUCGUUGGUACAGAUAGCUAUCAUCAUACGUUUUUCGAGAUGCUGGGCAAUUGGUCGUUUGGGGAUUAUUUUAAGCGUGAAGCAUGCGAAAUGGCUUGGGAUUUGCUUAAGAAUGUGUACUACAUUGAUAUGGACCGUGUGUACGUUACAUACUUCGGAGGAGAUGAAAGUCUGAACCUGCCAGCGGAUGAAGAAUGUCGAGAAAUUUGGCUGAGCUUAGGAAUAUCUGCAGAUCGUGUGCUUCCUUUCGGUGCAAGGGACAACUUCUGGGAGAUGGGAAAUUCAGGCCCGUGUGGUCCAUGCACUGAAAUACACUUGGAUCUUUCAGACGAGUAUAAGAAUACAAAGGCGAGAUACCAAUUGGUAAACGCCGGUGUGCCAGAUCUUACCGAGAUUUGGAAUAUUGUUUUCAUACAGUACAACCGUUCGCUCGAGGACGGAGUGAUACGAAAUCUGCCUCAUUGUCAUGUGGAUACGGGGAUGGGUUUGGAAAGGGUGGUUGCCCAUCUGCAGGGAAAGUUAAGUAAUUAUGAUACGGAUCUAUUCGAACCGAUCUUCAGCCGUAUACAGAAGGUUACAAAACUUGAACCAUACAGUGGAAGCUUCCUGCGUGGCGAUAACCACUACGAACUAGAUACCGCUUACCGAAUUAUGGCUGAUCAUAGUCGAAUGAUAACGGCUUGUUUGGCUGACGGAAUGUUUCCCUCCCAGAAUCACAAAUUGCGGCGUAUUAUUCGCAAAUCGCUUGCCCUGGCUAAACGUACCUUCGGCUGUCCGGAUCUGCUGCGCGAAACUAUCCCCAGUGUGGUGGAAAUUCUUGGUGAUGUGUAUCCGGAAAUGGGACGCAAUCUGCCCAGCGUGCUACAAAUAAUCGAACACGAACAACACUCAUACAACGAGCUAAGCUCUAAACGAACCACCGAGACGAAUACGCUGCUAAAACAAUUUCCCCAGCUGGACGAGUCGGAAGUGCUGGAACACGCUGGUCUUUCCGGUGCCAUUAAGGAGCUCUCGCUAAGCAAACUAAACCAUCUGGAUGGUGCUGUUAUUCACAAAAUGUACGACACGUACGGGUUGGAUGAAGAAUUGCUUAUAAAGUUGGGACAAAUGAUGAAAUUUUCCCUUGACUUCCGGGACUAUGAGUGUUACGUUUCAAAGCUGAAGGAUGGAUUCAAAAAUGAGCUAGCCACCAAGCUCGAGACUCGUCUUUCCGCAUAUCAAAACCUCAGGGAAUCGAUCGAUAAUACUAGCUUAAAGCCAACAAGAACAGAACGAAGGUACAAUUAUGCAUUUAAUCAAGAGAAGGGCAUUUAUGAGGUAGCGCCAUGUAAAGCGCAUGUUAGCCUGCUUCUGGAAGAUGACUCCCGUAACCAGUGGCACAUCGUUACGGAUCAGAGCAAUUUUUACUGUGAGUCCGGAGGUCAACAGAGCGAUACGGGACGGUUGACAGUGGGAGCUAGUUCUGAGGGUGGACAAUCGUUCGAUGUAGUGGGUGUUUCCGAGCAUAAUGGGUUUAUCGUACAUUCAAUCGCGAAACAACCGAACGUAACACUUUCGAUUGGUGAUCAAGUUGUUCUGCAGGUGGAUUCAAAUCGUCGGACACAACUAACUGUUCACCAUACAGCAACUCAUCUGUUAAACGCUGCUGUACGCAAAAUCGUUCCUCUGCCAAUGUGUCAACGUUCCAGUGCCGUUUCCGAACGGGGCUUCCGGCUGGAGCUUGCCAUCAGUGGUGAAAAGCUAACGCUAGACCAAAUAGCUACGAUCGAGACUGAAAUACGAUCGUUAAUCAAGCGCAAUGAACCGAUCAGUGUGGUAGUGUGCAAUGCUAAUGAUCUCGAUUUCGCGACAAUUACAACGGUUCCGGGUGAAACCUAUCCCGAUCGGGGUCUGCGAGUGGUAUCGAUCGGUGAUGUAUCGCGGGAACUGUGCUGUGGAACGCACGCAGCCAAUACGGGAGAAUUGCACGAUUUUGCCAUAACGAAUGUAACGCAAUCAAAGAACGGAUGCUUUACGUUUCACGGGAUUGCUGGACCAGCGGCCAAGAAGGUCCAUUUCCUGGGCGCACAAAUUCAAAACGACGUUAGCCAGCUGCAACAGGAUGCGGAUCAAAAUGAAAAAGGACAGGGCGACAUUACGAUCAUUGAAACGCGAAUGCAGCGGCUUAAAAAUGUUCUGCUCACCGGUACGGAGAAUAACAUUCACCUGCCGUACUGUGUCCGGCAACGGUGCCUGAACGUGAUCAAUGCGCUGUACCAGAAGUUGAAAGAUCGAUCACGAGAAUCGCUCCGUGAGCUGAUCGACAUUGAGAUGCGCAAUCUGAUGGAACAGAAAGUGACCGCGAAUGAUCGAUUUAUUGUGCAUUUUCUCGAGUGUUCCAUCAUUCUCGAGGAGGUGCAGCUAAGUAAAGCGACCCGAUACUGUACGGAUCGUCCAAUUUUGGUUGUAAGCAUUACGGACAAUCAGGUGAAAGCACGGGCAACGGUUCCGCCGUCGAUGGUUACCGAACAGUGCAAUGCGGAACGGUGGCUAGCGGUGGUUGCGCAAACGUUCAAAGCACAAACGGCCGCACCGAAGGGACAGAAUGCGGCCGAAGUGUGCAACAUGAAGGCGCGCAAGGUAAAGAUGAUGCAUUUCGAAGCAACGCUAGAGAAUGCGUUGCGUGCGGCCCAGACUUACGCGGAAGCAAAUUUCCAUUAGUGCUUUCCGGCUUUUUUGGGAAAGUCGAUAACUCAGGUGAAAUAAAGUUGAUCGCAAAGGUUUUGUUUUGUUUAAACGUUUAGUGAUGUUUUCGUUGUGGUCCACCAAACUUUCGAAUGUGACAAAUUUAGCGAUUGCAGAACACAAUUGGCUUUCGC